UGCAGGCUGUAGUGCUCUGUUAAAGACAACAGAUGAACAGAAGACAAGCUACCCCCACACCAAAAUGUAUUUCUGUUAGCCUGUGGGGGAGCUAAACUGAAUCAGCCACCCACCCAUUCCUAUGGAGAUAAAAGAGACCUGGGCUCAUGAGGAUUGCUGGGAACACACCGAGUGGGAUAUCCACCAAGCACUGGAGGACAGAUAACACUGCACUACCACCACUGUGGUUGAAGCACAUCCCACCCUAACACCCAGACACAUGUAAAGACCUUGGAAACCUGCCGUAAAAUCACACUAUCCCUGGAGUUAAUUUCAGCAGUGUGCAACAUCACUACAUUAGAUCACAGUAGAUCCACACAUUUUAUUCGCUAUCAUGUAACUUAUGAAGCUCAUUCUAAAAUACAGUGAAUUCUGUCCCAGGUGCAAGUUUUUAUUCCUGCCCUGCACAAACACCUUAUUCAACUAUUCGUGGUCUAGAAGUUAAACGAGAAUUAGUUGAUUGAGGUGUUAGUGAAGGGCUGGAACAAAAACCUCUAAACUCCUGUCCUGUGUAACAAAAUAAUAAUAAAUAAUAAUAAUUGGCUGUCAUGACAAAAUUUGCCCUCAUGUACUGAACAAGCUUUUAAAUGUUGGAGGUUCAUCUCCUUGAGAUGUCCCUCACUUGGGGAUGACUUCUCUUGUACAAUGGACUGUGUUCUAAGGAUUCAUGCACAGAUACAGGAAAACAAAUAAAAGUGAUAAUAUUUAUAAAAAAUGACAAGCGUUGAUGUCUCCCCACGGUUCUGGUUUUGAGGUUUGGGUAUCUGGGGGCUGCAGUUAAUCUGUCUAAUUCCUUGCAAGGAGAGAGAAAUGCAUUCAUAAUAUUACAAUGGUGUAAUUAUUUAAUGUAAUUCCUGUUUGAUAUGCAUGCAUAUAAUUAAAUUGGACACGUUCUCCUUUAUAAUGUGUUUGUUUUGUAUCCAAUGCAUUUACACGUAGUUUACAUUAGGAUGAAGUAGCCUAGGCCUUCUAAUCUAGUUAUAUUGCAUCAUCACUCCAAUCAAUAUUAGUUAUUAAUGCAUAAGGUGAAUAUAAAACCAAGCUGUCUUGAACAUCAUAUGCAUGGAUGUUAUGAAUUUAGCACUGAAAGCCUGCUCAUUAGAAAUAAAACACCAGCAGAACUAAUGCAAUGUUAGAUUCACAGUGAAACACCAAUAUUCUGCCUAUUUAUCAUUCUUAAACAGUAAGCAAAAUAGCUUAUUUUAAAUUAUAGUUACCUGUCAUACGUCCACAACGAUGUAGCAGCAGACCAAGCAAUGUGUGAGAGGAGGACCCCACAUAAAAUUAUUAUUCUGGUUGGUGUUAGCUUAAUUCACUAACAAGUACUGAGGAGAAAGAUUCUGUGUAAACAAAUGUAGCUAGCUGGCUACGUGAUGAUGCGGUUUCCUGUUUAGGUUAGUCCCGUCGAAGUACGUUUUAAAUGUUAACGGAUUUUAAGCACUGGGCAUUCUCCAUACUAGACAGUAUGCUCUCUCAGGUGUUCUUGGAAGUUCACCGUUGAAAGAACGGGUGAACGCAAGUGCGCAUUUUCAAACACAGCUGUAUGUCAUACUACUCUCCUCUUCCCAGGUAAACCAUGAUCCCCAUCACUGAGCUGCGUUACUUUGUAGACUGUCAGCCGGCCUACCGUAUCCUGAAGCCAUGGUGGGACGUCUUCACUGACUACAUCUCCAUAGUCAUGCUCAUGAUCGCCGUGUUCGGGGGAACGCUGCAGGUCACCCAGGACAAGAUGAUCUGCCUGCCCUGCAAGUGGGUGGUCAACCAGACCUGCAGGAGGUAUUUCAACGCCACCCUGUCAGCCCCGCUGUUGUUGGAGCCCAAAGGGAUCCAAUACAACCUGGAUCGCCACCAGUACAACUAUGUAGACUCCGUCUGCUACGAGAACCGCCUGCACUGGUUCGCCAAGUACUUCCCCUACCUGGUGCUACUCCACACCCUCAUCUUCCUGGCUUGCAGUAACUUCUGGUUCAAGUUCCCCCGGACUAGCUCCAAACUGGAGCACUUUGUGUCGAUUCUCCUGAAGUGUUUUGACUCUCCCUGGACCACCAGGGCUCUGUCUGAGACGGUGGUGGAGGAGAGCGACCCCAAGCCGAUGAAGAUGAAUGGCUCAAUGGAUAAGAAGGUGUCGUGUAUCAGCGAGGAUGUGGAGGCUAGCGUCCCCAUGCUCCAAAGGACAAAGUCUCGCCUGGAGCAGGGUAUUGUGGAUCGCACUGAGACAGGGGUCCUGGAUAAGAAAGAAGGUGAACAGGCAAAGGCCUUGUUCGAAAAAGUGAAGAAGUUCCGCAUACACGUGGAAGAGGGAGACAUUGUGUACAGGCUCUACAUCCGACAGACUAUUAUCAAAGUCAUUAAGUUCAUUUUGAUUAUCUGCUAUACAGGGUAUUAUGUGCACAAUAUUCAGUUCAGCGUGGACUGUAGUGUGGAUAUAGAGAGCCUCACGGGGUACAGCAUGUAUCAUUGUGCUCAUCCUCUGGCCACGCUGUUUAAAAUCCUAGCCUGUGUCUACAUCAGCUUAGUGGGGGUUUACGGCUUAAUUUGCAUGUAUACCCUCUGUUGGAUGCUACGGCGCUCGCUGAAGAAAUACUCCUUCGAGUCGAUACGAGAGGAGAGCAGUUACAGCGACAUACCGGACGUAAAGAAUGACUUUGCUUUCAUGCUGCACAUGAUCGACCAGUACGAUCCACUGUACUCCAAACGCUUUGCCGUCUUCUUGUCUGAAGUGAGCGAGAACAAGCUGCGGCAGCUCAACCUGAACAACGAGUGGACUCUGGACAAACUGAGGCAGAGGAUCACCAAUAACUCCCAGGAGAAGCUGGAGCUGCACCUGUUCAUGCUGAGCGGCAUCCCAGACACAGUGUUUGAUCUGAUAGAGCUGGAGGUGCUGAAGCUGGAGCUCAUCCCAGACAUCACCAUCCCUCCCAUCAUCGCCCAGCUGGUCAACCUGAAGGAGAUGUGGCUGUACCACACCCCGGCUAAGAUCGAGGCUCCGGCCCUGGCCUUCCUCAGGGAGAACCUUAAGUCCCUCCACAUCAAGUUCACGGACAUCAAGGAGAUCCCUCUGUGGAUCUAUAGUUUGAAGAACCUGAGCGAGCUGCACCUGACGGGGAACCUGAGUGCAGAGAACAACCGAUAUAUUGUUAUUGAUGGGCUACGGGAGCUGAAGAGGCUCAAGGUCCUCCGGCUGAAGAGCAACUUGACCAAGCUACCUCAGGUGGUGACGGACGUGGGGGUGCACCUCCAGAAGCUGUCUGUUAACAACGAGGGCACCAAGCUGAUUGUUCUCAACAGCCUGAAGAAGAUGGUGAACCUGACUGAACUAGAGCUGAUACGCUGUGAUCUUGAGCGCAUCCCACACUCCAUCUUCAGCCUGCACAACCUGCAGGAGAUUGACCUCAAGGACAACAACCUGAAGACCAUCGAGGAGAUCAUCAGCUUCCAGCACCUGCACCGUCUAGUCUGCCUUAAACUCUGGUACAACCAGAUUGCCUACAUUCCCAUCCAGAUCGGCACCCUCAACAACAUGGAGAGGCUCUAUCUGAACAGGAACAAGAUCGAUAAGAUCCCCAGUCAGCUUUUCUACUGUCGUAAGCUACGCUUCCUGGACCUGAGCCACAACAACCUCACCUACAUCCCAGCAGACGUGGGGUACCUGCAGAACCUCCAGUACCUGGCAGUCACAGCCAACAGAAUCGAGACCCUGCCCAACGAGCUGUUCCAGUGUAAGAAGCUCCGUACUCUGAAUCUGGGGAACAACUGCCUGACAUCUCUGCCGUCGCGCUUCGGGGAGCUGACGGGGCUGACCCAGCUGGAGCUGAGGGGGAACAGGCUGGAGUGUCUGCCCGUGGAGCUGGGGGAGUGCAGGCAGCUGAAGAGGAGCGGCCUGGUGGUAGAGGAGGACCUUUUCAACACCCUGCCCACCGAGGUGAAGGAGCAGCUGUGGAAGGUGGACAAGGAGACGGCCUGAACAGAUAAGGGUCGGAGGUGGAUGUUAACUAAGUUGAAACAGACACAGGCAGGACCCCUGGAGGACUGGAGAAGACUACACAGAGCCAGACAGCUCGCUUUGACUCUACUGCAGGGCUGCUUUUCAAGGGAAUCUAUGCUAAUGUCCCACCGCCAUGUUACUUUUUUUUCCUGCGAAACCGUUUUAAAAUGCAGUUUUAAAAGGGACAUUGUUAAGGUAAAGGGUUAUGUUUUACAAGAUGUGUGCGCGUUGAAUGAGAUGAGAUAUCAUUUUGACUGUGUUGCAUAUGAGGUUGCAAAAUGCAAACGCGAUAUUCCUGUAAGAGAAAGGACUUAAAUAAUUAGCCAGCAGAUGCAUUUUCUGGUGGGCAGUGUUAUUGUCAUUCAGACAGGGUAUAUUAUCCUGCUAUACCAUAUCGUAACCCACUUAUAUAACACAAUACAGUAGACCACCCUUGAUCCAGAUUCUCUAGGGUAAUAAGGGACAGUUAGAGAUUUACGGAACAGGGACAUGGAGAAAAAUGGGGGAGGGACUCGGACCAUGCUUUUUAAAUUUCAGUCGCAGGGAGGGUUUAGAAUAUUUUUUUGGUGUCCUGUAAUUUGUAAUUGAUUAAAUGAUAUUUAAUCUGUUUUAGAAUUAGAUGCUUAUUAUAUAACGAUUAUAUAAUCUCAAUCAAAUUAUCCAUAGUUUAUAGGCCUAGGCUAUACGAAAUGCAUGCUUGGAGAAGCACAGGGCAAAGUUCUAUUUGUAAGGAAAUUAACUUCCUGAGUGUUUUGUGCUGCUCUGAUGGUGUAAAUAAAACUAGGAUACACUGCAAUGGAUAUUCCAAUCAA